AUGCUCUUUUCCCAGCUGGCUUCUUGUGAGCUCUGCUGGUAUCACCGCAUGAGACAGCCGAGAGUCUUGUCACAACUCCUGCAUGGUGUUGUUGACCUUUUGGAGUGCUCGGGCGCUCUGGCCCUCGUGGGGAACAGCAAGGUCUUAUCCAGCGGCUUCGACUUGAAGACGAUGAUGCAAGGUCCCGAGGCUGCCAAGCAGCUGAUCAACGCGGGCGCCGCGCUGAUCGAGCGUCUGGUCCUCUUCCCUCGGCCGGUGGUCAUCGGAGUACUGUUAAGCGCUCUCAUGGCAUCAGCUGUCGUUACAGUGGAGACGCAAGAUGCAUCGCCACCUAGUGACGCCAAGCGGACAUCAGAGCUUCAACUCGUGCAGGAUGGCAGAGACACCAAGUUCUUAUCAUCGGCAAAGGUUGCUGCUUUGAUGGAGAACGGCGAUGACAUCAAGAGCAAGAUCGAGCCUGUGUGGAUCAACGUUGCGGUGUUGGCUGCAUUCAUGUGCUCGGUCUCGGCCAGCUUCUUAACAGCAGAGAUUCAAGAUCCGGUUCUGCUCGAAGCGGUGCUGAUGACGAGCUACUUGUCCGUGCUGCUCCUGAUGGCUUCGGUGGUCCUUCUCACGAUAAACCUCUACCUCCUGUGCUUCACAACCGACGUCAGAGCUGUGAUCCUAUGGCUUGGCAGGCGAUGCUCGAUACCCAUCAUCUUCUGCUUCGCAGGGAUCGUUCUCAUGCUGGCAGCCAUCAUCUUCCUGCUGCGUGCUCGGUUAGGGGAUCGGCCAUCUUUCUGGGUUAUAGUAGGCAUCACGCUUGUGACCUUUGUGUACUGCUUUUACUUCUUGGCUACUUCCCAGAGGAUGAACCUACGGCAGUUAAAUGCUGAUUUGGAUGCAAAGCUGGCAGACCUCAAAAAGCAAUAG